GCCCAAUACCGCGGCCCGGCCAGGCCGGGAUAAAUAGCGCGCGCGGCACUGAGGCCAGAGCGGCGCCGCGGUCGCCGGUCCAUCCGCCCGGCCCGCCCGGGCACCGCGCCCCGUGCUGCGCCCGGAGCCCCCGGCACGCAGGACCUACGGAGAACCCUGCCUUAACUUCACCUUACAAUGGAACAUAAAAAGUCACCUGACGGUGGAUGGGGCUGGGUGAUUGUGUUUGUCUCUUUCGUCACUCAGUUUUUGUGUUACGGUUCCCCGCUGGCCGUUGGAGUCUUAUACAUCGAGUGGCUGGAUGCCUUUGGUGAAGGGAAAGGAAAAACAGCCUGGGUCGGGUCCCUAGCAAGCGGAGUUGGCUUGCUUGCAAGUCCUGUCUGCAGUCUCUGUGUGUCAUCUUUUGGAGCGAGACCAGUCACUAUCUUCAGUGGCUUCAUGGUGGCUGGAGGCCUGAUGCUCAGCAGUUUUGCUCCCAAUAUCUACUUUCUGUUUUUUUCCUACGGUAUUAUUGUAGGUCUUGGAUGUGGUUUAUUGUACACUGCAACAGUAACCAUUACGUGCCAGUAUUUUGACACCCGCAGAGGUCUUGCACUCGGCCUGAUUUCAACAGGUUCAAGUGUUGGCCUCUUUAUCUAUGCUGCUCUCCAGAGGAUGCUGAUUGACUUCUAUGGACUGGAUGGGUGCCUGCUGAUUGUUGGUGCUUUAGCUUUAAAUAUAUUAGCCUGUGGCAGCCUGAUGAGACCGCUGCAGAUCUCUGACUGUCCUUUACCUGAAAAACCAGCUCCAGAAAAUGUACCAGACAGAUACUCCAUUUACAAUGAAAGAGAAAAGAGCCAGGAGGAGAGUAUAAACAUUCUGGAGAAGAACUGCAGUAAUGAGGCAAAAUGCAAAGGCGCAUUGGCCAAUGGUGACUGCAAACAGGAAAAUCUUCAUAAAAGCCCCACGACAAUCACACACACAAAAGAACCUGAAACCUACAGACAGAAAGUUGCAGAGCAGACAUAUUUUUGCAAACAGCUUGCCAAGAGGAAGUGGCAGUUGUAUAAAAAUUACUGUGGGGAAACUGUCUCUCUUUUUAAAAACAAAGUAUUUUCUGCGCUUUUUAUUGCUAUCUUACUCUUUGACAUUGGGGGGUUUCCACCUUCAUUACUUAUGGAAGACGUAGCAAGAAGUUCCAACGUGAAGGAAGAGGAGUUUAUUAUGCCUCUCAUUUCCAUUAUAGGAAUUAUGACAGCAGUUGGGAAACUCCUGUUAGGGAUUCUGGCUGACUUUAAGUGGAUUAACACCUUAUAUCUUUAUGUGGCUACCUUAAUAAGCAUGGGCCUGGCCUUGUGUGCAAUUCCAUUUGCCAAAAGUUAUGUCACAUUGGCAAUGCUUUCUGCAGUCAUUGGGUUUCUUACCGGUAACUGGUCCAUCUUCCCAUACGUGACCACCAAGACUGUGGGAAUUGAAAAAUUAGCUCACGCCUAUGGAAUAUUAAUGUUUUUUGCUGGACUUGGAAAUAGCCUUGGACCACCAAUUGUUGGUUGGUUUUACGACUGGACCCAGACCUACGACAUUGCGUUUUAUUUUAGUGGCUUCUGUGUCCUGCUAGGGGGUUUUAUUCUGCUGCUGGCAGCCUUGGCCCCCUGGGAUAUGUGUAAAAAACAACUACCUAAGCCAACACCAACAACUUUUUUGUACAAAGUUGCCUCUAAUGUUUAGAGGAAUAUUGGAAGACACUAUUUUUUCUGCCAUUCUUUUUUACCAUAUCACAAAAAAUAUUUUGAAAAAUUUCAAGCAAACUCUCUAUAGAAUCAAGACUUUUCUCAUAGCAGAAUUUGAUGGUGGCUGACUCUGAAUGCAUUUUUAAAAUUUUUAUAUAUCAUACUCUAUGUAUUCUAUGUGUAACUUUUAUCCCCUGUACCCCCUCCCCCAAGAAGUAGGACUAUUUUUUAUUGUGUUCAUUAGUUGUUAACAUUGUAAAACUUUCGACCAGCCUCUGAAGGCUUUCUCUGUGGAAGGUAUAGAUUUUCAGCCAUCUCCUUAGUUCCACCGCAAGGGGCCCAGUGUCUCUUCUAUGUUGAAGCUGAUGCAAGCCUCAUGAUGGGGUGUAUGUGAAGGCCAACAGGCAAUAAGUCACUCUGUGGUGGACCUUCCCCCCUUCUCGUCAACAGGCUCCAAGCCACUUUGUCAGGAAGUGAACGUAGUUAUAAAACAGCAUCAAGACUUGCAGCGGAGCAAAGUGAUUACAUAAAAACCUAUUUUAUAGUCAUCUGUUUGCAUUAUUUUAUUUUACUUGUCUUGCUUUAGCACCAUAUGGUGCCCGCUGCACAUGAACUGUUUCAGUUCCUAAGUCACUCUGUGGUAGUGUGUUUGCUGUGAUGCAGACACCCACCCAGCAAAGGCGUAGCCUUGCUCCGGGGUUGACCACAAGACCUUGGCUCACUUGUUUGUCAAUGUCCACUCAGCUGGUGCUUCCCAGAAAGUGCUGACUUUACCUGCUUCCAAGUAGGAAAUGGCAUUUUUCAACCAUUCCAUGUAGCAAAUGGGGCACUUCCAUUUGCUUUUGGCACAGUGGGGAUGAUUGCAAGUGCUUGCAUAUCUUUCUAUAAUGAGGUAUUUGUUUGCUGUGAUCAGAUUUUCCCAGCAUCACAUUUUAAUUUAAAGGCAGAACUAAACAGUGAAUAUAUGAGGUGUGUGUGUGUGUGUGUGUGUGUGUGUGUGUGUGUGUGUGAGAGAGAGAGAGAGAGAGAGAGAGAGAGAGAGAGAGAGAGAGAACACAUGCUAAGUCUACCUGGGACAUGGGAAAAUAAAGAAGCAAUCAGAAAUUGACGCCCUAGUCUAACUUCACUCAAGGAUAAGUUCUAGGAAGAAAAUGUUUAAUAAAUUGAUAUUUUUUCUCAAAGAAAUGGGUUUUAAACAUUGGUAUAUAUCUAGAUCCCUUAUUGAGCCUUUAAAAUUAUAGGUGCCUGGGUACCAUGCUUAGAUAUUUUCAUUUAAUUCUGUAGAUGUAGGCUGUGGCCCAAACAUCUACAUUUUUAACAUGUUCAAGUGAUUCUGAUAACAUAGCCUGGGUUGAGAAUGACCGUUAUGUGAUUGGCAAUAGAGAAACAUUUAUUCUCUUAAUUAAAUUUUUUUAAGAGCCACGAGGUCAGGGAUUUUUAUAAAUAAGUAGCCAAGUGUUCUUUGUAUAAGAGGCACCCUUCCCAUUGUGCCAAAUUAGUUUUUUAAUUUCUUUUGAAAUACAUGAUUGUUUAUUUUGUACUUCUACAUUGCUUUCCUUGGAAGGCACCUGAAGCACUGUAUUAGCACGAGACCUUGCAGCCCUUCCAUGCAGUAGGUAAAUAGAACUUUCCUGUGUAUAAUAGAAACUUCAAAAGGAGUUUAUCCUGUUCAAUAAUGCAAUAAUGGGGCUUUGGGACACCUCAGACCUCUGCUCCAUGUGUUCAGACUUCUGGAAACUUCUGUACCUCAUCACUGGGCACUGAGAAUAUUAGUAAAUAAAAUAAAUGAAAUUUAAAAGAAAAAAUGUGUUUUUGUGUUGAAAGUUCCUUUUCUGCCAAUAUUGUGUUUGAGAAAAUCCAAUGACCUGAAAAACUGAUUUUCAUGACCUUUCCACAUUAUCAAUGCUGAUAAUUGCCCAUAUAUCUACUAAUGUCAUUCAGUGUGUCCACUGUUUGGGGAAUGAAUUUUAAGCUACAAUAAAGUAUUUUUGUUUGUUUUGCA